UCGUCUGAACAAUGCAUCCAAAGUAGAUAAUAUUUCACUGUUCUGGCCUUAGGUAGCCACCUGACAGUCCAGAACGGAAAUACAUGUGAGCAGAUGGUAGCAGGAAAAGAAAAUAGUUGUCCUCACUUAUUUUCUGUGCAAAGAAAAAUCUCACUUUUCAUUUAAAUUUCACUGCAACAGAUACACUCUACAUUGUGUUUUUCAUGCGUUUCCUCCUGAUGCCAUGUGGCUGCUGGAGGUCAGAGUGACCUUGUCUUUGCCUGCAGGGGGCAGAGGAGGAUGUGUGUGAGGUGUGGGGGUGUCAGGCAGGAAAAAACAAAGGCACAUGCAGAAAAUACAAAGUGCAAUUCAAAUGCAAUCUCACGGAUUGCAAAUGGACAUAUUAUUUCAGAACAAAAGAGUGCAGGUGAGGAGGACAGGAAGAGUGGAAGUAGGUCAUUACAGAAUGUUCUUUUAAACUUGCCUGCUAGAGAUUUUCACAGAAAGAGCAAGCACCUCACAAAAUGUGUGCGACCCUGAUGUAAAAGGUCACCCGUCAGCUGCACAUUUGUUAGUACUAAGGCGGAAUCUGUCUGCAGGAAAGCUGCGAGCUCUCGUCCCGUUUGUCGUACUUAUUGUCAUAAUUAGUGUGUGAAUCUGUGCUAAAUUGUCUGUGCUGUUUCAAGAAUAUCCAACAGUUUGGUCGGUGUCACAGUUGGGUGAAAUAUCUCUGAGACGUCUUGUUUCCUUUAAUAGGCAUUUGUUCCUUGGCCCACUUCCCUCUCUCAUUUAGCUUCUCACCCUCACUCUCAUUUCUCCUCUCUCCCCCCCUGUCGCUCUCACUCUCCCUCAUUCUUACCGGGCCCGUGGUGCUCUUACUAUUGCUACAUUCAUUUAGUGCAGUACCUCAGUGUUUUUCUAUUCAGCUGUAGGUUAGCACCCCAGUCUUCAUGGGUCUUGCUGAAACCAGAGUUUGCGCUCCUUUCACAACCCAAACUGCAAACUUACCAGAGAAAAAGCCCUCAUGCUCCUUUUUAGUGCAUCUUUUCUCCUUUGGUAUGGGAAACUGCUUAGACUGGCCUCUGAGAACGAUGCUCCAGGAUGCUGAGAGGAGAUUCAGAGGGGUGCUGUCCUGUGAGGAGAUGGUCCAGACAGGGUAUCUUGGGCCUUAUCAGGACCCCAUUGUGUCCAUGACGCAAAACUGCGUCCUCGUGAGCAACAUACUGGGACAAACCUGUGUCUUCCUGAGCAAAGGCAUGGAAAAUUGCAGACAGACUGACAGAGAGCUGAGGCCAGAAGAAAUGGACGAGCUGCGAGAUGCUUUCAAAGAGUUUGACAAAGACAAGGACGGUUUCAUCAGCUGUAAAGAUCUAGGAAAUUGUAUGAGGACCAUGGGAUACAUGCCUACUGAGAUGGAGCUGAUUGAACUGAGUCAACAGAUAAACAUGAAUUUGGGAGGUCAUGUGGAUUUUGAGGAUUUCGUAGAGCUGAUGGGCCCAAAACUUCUUGCAGAAACUGCAGACAUGAUUGGAAUAAAGGAGUUAAAAGACGCAUUUAGGGAGUUUGACACUAACGGAGAUGGUGCUAUAAGCACCUCUGAGCUGCGGGAUGCAAUGAGGAAGCUGUUGGGCCAACAAGUAGGUCUGAAGGAGGUAGAAGACAUCUUAAGGGAUGUAGACUUGAAUGGUGACGGACUUGUUGACUUUGAAGAGUUUGUACGAAUGAUGUCUCGCUAAGAUCAUGAAGAUGAUCAGUCUUGAAUGUGAAGCUGUGUCCUCCUCUAUACUAGACCAAGUACAAACAUGGGACAAGCUAAGACCUUCUGAGCCAUCCAAAUCUGAAUGACACUGGAAUCGAAACUCCUUGAAUGUUUUUGGAGCGAGGAGUCACCUCACACUUUCAAUCAAUAAGUGUUCUUCCUGAAAAGUCUCCGGUUCAACUGAGGCGGAAUUUGCUGUAGCCUAGCUGACGAUUGUCUUGAUUUAUGUCUUUUGCACUUUAUUCACUAAAUAUCUUCCUGUGUGGAUAGGUUGCUGGUGUCCUGUCUCAUCCUCUACAUGGUGUAAGUAAGUGUCUUGUAAAAUGUGGCCUUUGAUGUACAACAAUGUCAGAGUGAGAGAUUGAAUGUCUGUAGAAAAGAUGUAAAAGUGCACUGUUGGAGAUUUCACUAUAUAUUCACACAGUAUGUGUUGUAUUAGAAAUUGUACGUGGAACUACCUUUGUGUGACAUCGGUACUCCACCAAGGAACCCAUGUGGCAAUAUCACAUCUGUGUUGUAUCUGUGUGACCAUAGGUGACUUUUCACUGUGCCAGUCCAGUCUGUUGAAAACAUCAUUGUCUGACAUGCAACAAAGAAGAAGAGCUCUGACAUUAACGAGACUCUGAAAUGUCUUUCGUCUAUGUUUGUCACUGGAGUCUGAGCUCAAGGACAGUUGAAACAACACUUACAAAACGAUAAGAUGUACAGCUCUCUUUCAAAACCUAAAUCCAGAGUACCAAAGUCCUCAUUGACACUAGCCCACUGCAAUUUGCAGCAAAAUGUUUGCAGGUUUGAAUUCCCAGAGUCUCUAAUCUAUCUUUGGGAGCAAGCAAUAGCUGUUUUUAAAGAUCCAUUUUGCCCUGUCUGAGAUUAUACAGUAGGAAUGACAUACGUGAACUGUACAGUGGAUGUGUUCAUGUUGUAAAUGUAUUGUAUGUCAAUGUCAUUACGAUUGUAGUUGUGGUAACGUUCCACACAUCUGUGCUGUCAAAGACAUUUUUAUGCAUGCCAAAGAGCGACAUUUAUUAAAUUCAGUAUGCACAUUUGCAUUUUUGUCUAACAAAGUAAACAAAAUAUUUCGCCAAGUUAACUGUAGAUAAAUAAAAGGUGUUUACAUUUAUAUUGUGGUGAUGUUGCCAAGGAAAAUACAGGCACUAUGUCAUAGAGAAAAGGUUUGCUAUUUAGACAUCAAAUGAAAACAUACGUUGACAACAA